CAAUUGACAAGUGACAACACAAAAUUUCAAAACUAAAUAAAAUUUUGUCUUCGCAUCUGCCGUACAUUUUAAUUUUACAAAUAAACGUAGUAAAUAGUAAAAUAACUUCUAAUUUUGCAUCGAUUUAUAUAGAUAAUUAAUGUUGAAAAGUUUAUGAAAUUUGUAUUAAUUUUUAGUUGGUCAAAUAAUGCAACGUUGUUCGUCUAUUAGGAGAUUUAGUAGCAGUAGCAAAAAAUUAUGUUUUCGAGAAGAAUUAAAAAACAAUUAUAUACCUACCAAUUUUUUACAAAAAACCGUACUAACAGUUGGUUCAGCAGCUGUUGCUCUCAUGGAACCACACAGAGGUGACAUGAUUGCAUGCUUGGGAGAGGUGACUGGGGAAAUGUCUCUUAAAUAUAUGAGAGAAAAAUUGCUGGGAAGCUCCGAAGGUGCUGAAAUAUUAAAGGAAAUGCCGCGUAUAAAUUCUAAAACAGUUUGUUUCAAGACACUUUCUGAAAUGCCUGAAAGGACACUCGGUCGGGUUUAUGCAGAUUUUAUGAGAGACAACAAUAUAACAGCAGAUUCACGGUUGCCGGUACAGUUCAUAGCUGACCCUGAACUAGGAUAUGUGAUGCAAAGGUACAGAGAAGUUCACGAUUUAGUUCAUGCAACAUUAUUUAUGAAAACAACCAUGUUAGGCGAAGUUACUGUGAAAUGGGUUGAAGGCAUUCAAACAAAACUUCCUAUGUGCAUUGGUGGUGGAAUUUGGGGAGCUGCCAGGCUUCGACCAAAACAUAGACAACUUUAUUUAAAAUAUUAUUUGCCUUGGGCCAUCAAAACAGGAAAUAGUGCUCAGUUUCUACAAGCAAUAUAUUUUGAGAAGAGAUGGGACCAAAACAUUGAUGACUUCCAUAAAGAGAUGAAUAUUGUACCACUUACUAAAGUUUAGUUCUCUAAGAUAAUUUUUAGAUUGAUUUACCUAGUUACAAUUAAGAGUAUAUGAAGGUGGUAGUUAAGUGUGACAUUAUUUAUUAAAUACACAAAAAAGUUUUACUAGCAAAGAUGCAAAAUGAGGUGGGCAUAAAUAAAAAUAAAUUAUUAUAGUAUA